UAUCACGUGAAGAAUCACGUGGCUAUGUUGUACCACAUCGGGCUAGGCCGAGAACUUCCGAUAGUCCGCCCUCCAAGCAUUGAAUCCCAAUUUGCUGCCAUUGACCAUCGUGAGCUUCGCUCGUCACGAAUAUCCUCAAUUGACCACCCCUGUCACCAUGAACACCUUUCGCGUCGCUCGCGCCGCCGGCGCUGCUCUCCGAGCUCGCCCUGCUGCUUUGCGACUCCCUAUCCAGCCUCUGCAGCGAAGGGGUUAUGCUGACGCUGCUCCCGACAAGAUCAAGCUAAGCUUGUCCCUCCCUCACCAGUCCAUCUUCAGUUCGCAGGAUGUUGUCCAGGUUAACAUUCCCGCCGAGUCCGGAGAAAUGGGUGUACUUGCCAACCACGUGCCUUCGAUCGAGCAACUGAAGCCCGGCCUUGUCGAGGUUGUUGAGGAGAAUGGCUCUAGCAAGCAAUUUUUCCUCUCUGGUGGUUUCGCGACGGUUCAGCCCAAUUCCGUACUGAGUAUCAACGCUGUUGAGGGUUACCCCUUGGAAGACUUCAGCGCCGAAGCUGUCCGGUCUCAAAUUGCUGAGGCGCAGAAGGUCGCCAACGGCAGUGGCAGUGAGCAAGAUAUCGCGGAGGCUAAGAUCGAAUUGGAGGUUCUGGAGAGCUUGCAAAAUGUUCUGAAAUAGACUGUAUAAAGCAUAGUUAUCACGCAACAACACUGUACAUCAGCAUAAUUCCCUACAAUUCUCGAGAGCGAAUAAACAAGGUUUUGAGUGUCUGGGUGCUAC